UCUUUUCUUUAUUCCUUUGGUAUUCGCAGUUGCAACGUUUAUACACGCUCUCACAUGCAUUUUACCUGACUCAGCUUUGCUAUCUGAUACGACAUGUGGAAACGAAAACCAAGAUCUAAAAGGGGAAGAGAACAUCCUGAGGGAUUUGUAGCCAGCAAUUAUAUACAAGAAGGGGAAAGAAGAAAUAUGGCAUUAAAUUAACCUGUUGCCCUCCUUCCGGAUAGUUAGAAAGCGUGGAAGAAAAUGACCCACGUUAUGGUUAUUUAAGUCACAGAAAUUUAAUAUUAUUAUGCAAUUCUCGUGGAGAGUUAGAGAGAGGGAGAGAAUCUCUAGGUAAUCGCCUGAUCGAGUUGUCUUGUUUCUUAUUCGAGCGGUUGCGGGAGAGCAGCUGCUUCUCAAAAUUAUUCGUGGGGAGGAAAUCUUAAUGCGUUUUUGAGCUUGUUAAAAAGGUUCUAAUUUUUCAGCCAUGGAACGAAGUAAAUGGAUUCUUAUCAUCACAUUAGCCUUCCUCCUAGCAACAUUGCCCGUGACUCUUCGGAACCUGAAAUCAAAUCUAGUUAUUCAGUGCCCAUAUCUAGGGGAUGUAACAAACGUGAUACUUGGGAAGCUCGAAGGAUGGUCUUUGGGCAACCAGCUGGAGGUUACUGAAGAGAAGAUAGGAGGGAUUAAAGCUCUGGGGCCGAACUUAACUACGUGCCACCCAUCUUUUGGUCGUGAUGAUCUUCUUGUUCAUUGUUGCCCUCCGGCGUUUGAAACGCCUGUGCCCUACGUGGAUUUCCUGUCUCCUGACCCCCAAUCGCCAGUAAGAGUGCGCAGGCCAGCUCAUCUUGUGGACGAAAACUACAUUGCCAAAUAUAACAAGGCCUUAUCGAUCAUGAAGUCCCUGCCAUACGAUGACCCUCGAAGCUUUGCCCGUCAAGCCAACUUGCACUGUCUGUUUUGCACCGGCGCCUACGACCAACAAAACUCGAAUGCUCCCCUCAGCAUUCACAGAACUUGGUUAUUUUUUCCGUGGCACCGCAUGAUGAUCUAUUUCCAUGAACGCAUCAUCGGUAGUCUAAUCGGAGAUGACACGUUUGCUUUGCCAUAUUGGGCUUGGGAUAUCCCUGAAGGAAUGGUGAUACCGGAUAUGUACAUGAACAAAAAUUCAUCUUUCUUCCAUACAGAGCGCGACGUUUCACAUUUUUCACCAAAGAUUGUUGAUUUAAACUAUGCUUACGAAAGAAAUUUAAGUCCCGAGGAGCAAUUAGACACAAACUUGGCAUUUAUGUAUAACCAAAUGGUAUCUGGCGCUAGGAAGAUGGAAUUGUUCAUGGGAUGCAUAUAUAAAGCCGGUGAGGAAGGGUAUUGUAAUGCACCUGGCACAGUAGAGCUCGCCCCUCACAACACUCUGCACACAUGGGUAGGGAGCAAUUUAAAUCCUGGAAGGGAGGAUAUGGGUAAGUUUUACUCAGCAGCAAGAGACCCAAUUUUCUAUGCACACCAUCCUAAUAUAGACCGUCUUUGGGAAGUUUGGAGGGAGAUUCAUCAAAAUCAAAUGGAUAUCAAAGAUCCAGAUUGGCUAGACUCUUUCUUUUUCUUCUACGAUGAGAACUUGAAGCUAGUAAAAGUGGAGGUUCGUGACGUUCUCGAUAUAACCAAACUUGGUUAUUCCUAUGAGCAGGUCGACCGCCCGUGGAUGAACAAGCGUCCCAUGCCUUCAGUCCCACCAAAAUUAGCCCGUCAAAUAUUAAAAGCGAAUGAGAACAAAUUACAAUUGUCAAGCAGUAACCAUGUUUCAUCCUCUGAUUUCCGGUCGCAUGGUCGAGCUCUAGACGCUAGCUUGACAGUGAAAGUUAACAGAACCAGAAAUCAUUUGACCAAGAGCGAGAAAGAAGAGGAAGAGGUCAUAGUUGUCCAUGGAAUUGAAGUGAAAGGAGACGCAUAUGUUAAGUUUGAUGUGUAUGUGAAUGUGGCUGAUGAGACAAUAAUCACUCCAAAGUUCAGGGAAUUUGCAGGUACCUUUGCUCACAUCCCUGGUGGUGGGGAGAUGAUGAGGAGGAAGACCGAUCUCAAAUUGGGAGUGUCGGAACUAUUGGAAGAUCUGGAAGCCGAUCAAGAUGAAAGCAUUUGGAUAACAUUGUUACCAAGGACGGCAAGCUGUAGCAACGUGACAAUUGGUGGGGUACGAACCGAGCACAUCAGAUAAUUCAUGUCUUUUAUUAUCACUGUUUUGAAAUAUAUAGUCUCUUUUACUGUUGGAGAUGCCAUUGUACCAAAUAUAAGAGAAAUGAAUUAUGUUUUUUUUUUCUAAUGCAAAA